CACGACAUCGCGCCGCGACACGCGUCACCGCGCCGCGACACGCGGGGCCAUGGCGGCGCUCUGGAGGGGCUGCGGGCGGCUGCUGGCGCGGCGACCCGGGGCGGCGCAGGCGCUCACAGCCGGGGCCCUCAUGGGAGCUGGGGAUGUGAUUGCACAGCAGCUGGUGGAGCAGCGGGGGCUGCACGGGCACCACUGCCCCCGCACCCUGAAAAUGAUGGCCAUUGGCUUCUGCUUUGUGGGCCCUGUUGUGGGCAGCUGGUACAGGAUCCUGGACUGGCUCAUCCCAGGGAACACAAAAGUUGUGGCUGUGAAGAAGGUGAUCCUGGACCAGGGGGGAUUCGCUCCGUGCUUCCUUGGCUGCUUCCUGGCUGUCACAGGGGCCACCAACGGGCUGUCGGUGCAGGAGAACUGGUCCAAGAUCCAGCAGGACUACAUGGAUGCCCUGAUGACCAAUUACUGUAUCUGGCCACCCGUGCAGAUUGCAAACUUCUACUUCGUGCCUCUGCAGCACAGGCUGGCUGUUGUCCAGUGUGUUGCCAUCAUCUGGAACUGCUACCUGUCCUGGAAGGCGAAUCGGAUGUGAGGCAGAAGCCGUGCCCCGUGCCCGUGCCCCGUGCCCGUGCCCAGCCUGUGCUCUCAGCUG